UUCUGCUCCGCCUCUCUGCCUGUUUCCUCCCCACUGGGGCGAUAAGGCUCAGUUAGCCGGCAGCACAGUCUGUCAGUCCAUCCGUCUGUCCUCUCUACUCCGCCUGCCGCUGUCUGGCUCAAGGAGGGGUUGAGGAGGAGCCUCAAGAAACUAACUCCCUUAAAAAAAAAGCCUCCUAGGAUAAGAGCAGUCGCGGGCCAGCCCCCUCCUCCCGGCGGCCCCCCACCCUCUUUGCUUUCCUCCUCCCUCCCGUGCCUACCAUUCCCACUGCAUCCCUCCCCGUCUCCUGACACUCCGGCUAAGAAGCUCUUUUCUUUGCGGAGAGGAGGAGGAGGAGGAAGAGGAGGAGGAGGAGGAAGAAGGGGCAGCGGUAGAGGCAGCGGCAGCAGCAGCAGCAGCAGCUGCCUGAGUAGCAGCAGCAGCAAGCCCUCCUCCAGGCGCCCCGGGUUGCCUCCAGGUGACGAUGCUCUGGCUCUCCCCCAGCGUCCGGGCUCUGGCUCCGCGGCAGUGGCUGGCUUCUCCUGGGAUUACCUUCAGCGUCUGGCUGCUGCUGAGUAACCUGUGGGUCCAGAUGUCUCUGGCUUCCUCAUUCCUGACAGGUUCAGUUGCUAAAUGUGAAAAUGAAGGUGAAGUCCUCCAGAUCCCCUUUAUCACCGAUAACCCAUGCAUAAUGUGUGUCUGCUUGAAUAAAGAAGUGACAUGUAAACGAGAGAAGUGUCCACUGUUCUCCAAAGACUGUGCCCUGGUGGUUAAGCAGAGGGGAACCUGCUGUGAACGAUGCAAAGGCUGUAGCUAUGAAGGAAAUACCUACAACAGCUCCCUAAAAUGGCAGGUCCUGGGAAACCCCUGCAUCCUUCAUCAGUGCCAGGAAGGAGUCGUGACCAAGUCGGAAAUGCGCUGUGUGGUUCAUUGUAAAAACCCUACCAAGCAGCAGGGGAUGUGCUGCCCCAACUGUCCAGGAUGUGUCUUUGAAGGAGUUCAGUACCAUGAAGGGGAUGAGUUUCAGCCUGAAGGGAACAGAUGCACCAAGUGCACGUGUAUUGGAGGUCAGACACAGUGCGUGAGAGAAGUCUGCCCCAUUCUGUCAUGUCCUGAGCACCUGAGUCAAACUCCACCAGGACAGUGUUGCCCCAGAUGUGUAGGUCAGAGAAAAGUGUUUGACCUCCAGUUUGGAAGCUGCCUCUUCCGUAGCGAUGUCUAUGAUAAUGGCGCCUCCUUCCUCUAUGACAAUUGCACAGUUUGCACAUGCCAGGACUCCACUGUGGUGUGCAAGAAGAAAUGCUCUCCCCCUGGAACUUGUGCUAAGAGCAAAGACUCCUGUUGUGAAGAAUGCCUUGUGCGUGUGCCCCCCAAAGACGUCCGUGUGUGCAAGCUCGGGAGCAAGAUCUACCGGGAUGGAGAGAUGUGGUCCUCGGUUAAUUGCACCAUCUGUGCUUGUGUGAAAGGCAAGACUGAGUGUCAGAAGAAGCAAUGCAUUCCCAUCAACAGCUGUCCACACGGUAAAAUUCUGAAUAGAAAGGGAUGCUGUCCUAUUUGCACUGAAAAGCCCGGCGUUUGCACUGUAUUUGGAGAUCCCCACUACAACACUUUUGACGGACGGACAUUUAACUUUCAGGGAACAUGUCAGUACGUUUUGACAAAAGACUGCUCCUCCUCUGCCUCACCCUUCCAGGUGCUGGUGAAGAAUGAUGCCCGGCGGACUCGGUCCUUCUCUUGGACCAAGGCUGUGGACCUUGUGAUUGGUGGCAGCACAGUCAGCCUCCAGCAACAUCUCACGGUCAAGUGGAAUGGUACCCGGAUAGCACUGCCCUGUGAGACUCCUCACUUCCAUAUUGAUCUGGACGGCUACCUCCUGAAAGUGACAACCAAAGCAGGCCUGGAAAUCUCCUGGGAUGGAGACAGUUUUGUGGAAGUCAUGGCUGCCCCACAUCUGCAGGGCAAACUUUGUGGACUUUGUGGCAAUUACAAUGGGCACAAACGGGAUGACUUGAUUGGGGGGGAUGGCAACUUCAAGUUUGAUGUGGAUGACUUUGCUGAAUCCUGGAGAGUGGAGUCAAAUGAGUUUUGCAACCGGCCCCAGAGAAAGCCAGUGCCAGAGCUUUGCCAAGGGACGGUGAAGGUGAAGCUUCGAGCACACCGAGAAUGCCAGAAACUCAAAGCCUGGGAGUUUCAACCCUGCCACUCUACUGUGGACUACACAACAUUCUAUCGGUCCUGCGUGACAGACAUGUGCGAGUGUCCAGUCCAUAAAAACUGCUAUUGUGAAUCCUUCUUGGCGUAUGCCCGGGCUUGCCAGAGAGAAGGGGCCAAAGUUCACUGGAAGCCAGAGCAGAACUGUGCAGCCACCCAGUGCAAACAUGGUGCUGUAUAUGACACCUGUGGGCCUGGAUGCAUCAAGACAUGUGACAACUGGAACGAGAUCGGCCCCUGCAACAAGCCGUGUGUUGCAGGCUGCCACUGUCCUGCCAACUUGGUUCAUCACAAAGGAAGAUGCAUCAAACCAGUUCUCUGUCCCCAACGGUGACCUUUGUUCAGGGCCAAAGACUUGGAAAACUGGUGUCCUUGACACCUGCAUUGAACAGCCAAUGAAGGACUAUGGGUUUUAAAUGCAGAUUCUGCAAAAAACAUACCCAGAGUACAUAUGUGUAAAUAUACCUAUCUGUACACAUCUAUACAUACACACAUGCAUGUGUACGUAUAGAUGUGUAUGUAUAGAGAGAGAUUCAAAAACAUACAACAUUUAUAUAAACCAUAGAAGGAAGAAUUAUUAUAUGUAUAUUUUUUGCUAUAAGACAUGUAUUAUUUCUAGGAUUCUCAUCUGUAAGCCAUGGCAGUUAUUGUAUAAAUAAACCCAAUGUUUCUAAUUUAA